AGUCGGAACAAAGCAUUAGAAUUUUGUGCGCGUCCUGUUGUGACUGCAGCUGGGUUUUUGGUUGGUGAAACCGCAUUUUCGUUCGAAAGUAAAUCUUUUUAGUGUUUAAAAGCUUGACGAAGUUGUGAAAUUGUGAGUGCGUUCCAACACUCUCCUCCAUAUCCGGUUCGUUGAUACGAGAUGGCAAAGGAUUACCUGGAAUAUUCCUCCAUCAGCUCGGAGGUUCGGGGUGCAAUGUGCCCCGGGAAGUUGAAGAUGACCGACUCGGCCAUCGUGUUCAAAAAUGAUAAAACCGGCAAGGUGGAACAAAUUAACUCUGCCGAUAUCGAUUUGCUAAACUAUCAGCGGUGCGUGGGAAGCUUCGGCUUACGAGUGUUCAUGAAGAAUGGCUCGUUGCAUAGAUUCCUGGGAUUUACAGGGGACGAACAGAAGAUUGCUGAAUUCGCCAAGAAAAAUUAUAAGUUGGAUAUGCUUGAGAAGGAACUAUCGACGCGUGGUUGGAACUGGGGAACAGUGCACUUUAAAGGUAGCGUUCUUUCGUUCGAUGUGGAAGGAAAAACAAGCUUUGAAAUUCCGUUGAAUCAUGUUUCCCAGUGUAAUUCCGGAAAGAACGAAGUUACAGUCGAAUUUCACCGAAACGAUGAAGCACCGGUGAAUUUGAUGGAAAUGCGGUUCCACAUUCCAACAGCGGAAUCGGCUGAAAUUGACCCUGUCGAAGCAUUCCAGGAGCAGGUGAUGAGACAGGCUUCCGUCAUUUCUGCGUCGGGUGACGCAAUUGCUAUAUUCCGAGAGAUACAUUGCCUGACGCCGCGCGGUCGCUACGACAUUAAAGUAUUCCAGAGCUUUUUCCAGCUGCACGGUAAGACGUACGAUUUUAAGAUUCCGACGUCGUCGGUGCUGCGGUUGUUCCUGCUGCCGCAUAAGGACAACCGGCAAAUGUUUUUCGUCAUUUCGUUGGAUCCGCCGAUAAAGCAGGGUCAAACUCGUUACCACUUUCUGGUGACGCUGUUCCAGAUGGACGAGGAAACAAACAUCGAAUUACCCUUCACCGAGGAGGAAUUGAAGGAAAAGUAUGAGGAUAAACUUACUAAAGAGCUCGCUGGACCGGUGUACGAAGUACUCGGAAAGAUUAUGAAAGUCAUCAUAAACCGAAAGCUGACCGGACCGGGAACUUUUAUCGGUCAUUCGGGAACUCCUGCAAUUGGAUGUUCUUUCAAGGCAGCUGCAGGUUAUCUCUACCCACUGGAACGAGGAUUCAUCUACGUCCACAAACCACCGGUUCACAUUCGUUUCGAGGAAAUCACGUCGGUGAACUUUGCUCGCAGUGGUGGCUCCACUCGAAGUUUUGAUUUUGAAAUCGAGCUAAAAACAGGCAACAUCUACACAUUCAGCAGUAUCGAGAAGGAAGAGUACGGGAAACUGUUCGAUUUUAUCUCGUCCAAGAAAUUGCACGUGAAGAACACUGGAAAGGAUGGCAAAAGCAACUACAAGGAGGACUUUGCCGAUUCGGAUAAUGAGGCUGAGCCGGAUGCCUAUCUGGCGAGGGUUAAGGCCGAAGCAAAGGAGCGAGAUGAUGACGAUGACGAUGAUGAUUCGGAAGAAUCGACCGAUGAGGACUUCAACCCGAACCAGGCAGAAUCGGAUGUGGCAGACGAGUUUGAUUCAAAUGUGGAAUCUACCUCUGAUGAUGACUCGGAUGAUGCUGGUAGCGGUGGUGGUUCGGAUGAUAGCACUAAGAAAAAGAAAAAGGAGCACAAGAAGGAAAAGAAAGAGAAGAAAGAAAAGAAGGCGCGCAAGGAACGUAAGGAAAGGAAACCCAAGAAGGCGAAAUCAGAUGGACCGAAGCGACCGGCUACGGCCUUUAUGAUGUGGUUGAACGCAAGUCGGGAGAAGAUAAAGAAGGACAAUCCGGGAAUCUCCGUCACCGAAAUUGCCAAAAAGGGUGGUGAGAUGUGGAAGGAUUUGAAGGACAAGCAUGAAUGGGAACAGAAAGCAGCCAAGGCAAAGGAAGAGUAUGCAGAAGCAUUGAAAGCCUACAAGGAAGCAGGAGGCGGUGGUGGCGGCGGAGCAAGCGAAGAUGAUGGUGGAAAAGCGACCAAGAAACGCAAGAAGGAAGCAAGUUCCCCCAAGAAACCUGCUUCGGCUACGGCAAUGAAGGGAAGCGGCUUCAAGAGUAAGGAGUACAUCUCCGGCGAUGAUUCCAGUAGCAGCGGUGACGAUGACAAUAAGGACACUAAGAAAGCGAAAAAAUCUGAAUCAGGGUCGGAUGUGGACAAAUCAGACACUAAAGAUGAUAAGAAAAAGGGUGGUAAGAAAGACGAUAAGAAGAAGGAAGUGAAGAAGAAAUCUGAAAAAUCUGAGUCGGAACCUGAAUCAGAGGCGUCGGCAAGUGAAUCCGCCGAAGAAGAGGAGGAAGCGGAUGAAGCAGGCAGCGACUAAAGUAAACUAUCGGGAGCGGAAAAUGGAUUCUCUUUGACCUAAAUAUUCUCACGUUUGCACAGUUUCGUCGGAGCAGUGUGGAUUAACAGGAGCUACAAACUAAUUAGUAUCGGAGAACAUAUUUGUUUUAUUAUUACCUUUAAGGUUACGAAGAAAACAGACUAAUUUGUACAAAA